GUCGAUUUUUAUGAAAAUUGCGUAGUGGAAUAAAAGACUCUGUCUGGCCACACAAUGCGUGCUAUACUGAUAACUGUCCUUGUGGCGGUGGCGCAAGCCUUACCCGAACAGUACCAACAGUUCAACCAAGAGCAGUCUUACCAACAUAACGAGCAAUAUGCUCACAAUCAGGAGUAUCAGCAGAGCAAUCAGUUCCAGCAAAAUCAAAACCAGCAGUUUAAUUAUCAGCAGAACGAACACAACAACCAGUUCCACACAGAGCAUCAUGAACACAAUAAUUUCCAGACUGAACAUCAAGGUGUAACUCAUAAUGGAGGUAACGAACCUGGUGUUCUGGGCGUAUUGGGAACUGUAGCCAAUAAAGUCCAUGACGUGAUAAAUAUCCACGAGAACUUGGAUGCCGAUAUUCUGGGCGGUCUAGUCGGUAAAAAAAAUAAACGUCCAGACCCACUGGUGAAUAUAUUUGGAGUACAAAGUCACAAUCAAUUGAGCGAAUUUUAUUACAAAUAUACAGGUUUUAGAGAAAGACAACAGUUCAUGUCGUAUUUGUUGAAGGAAACAAAUCUUAAAUCUCCAAAGGAGAUUUUCAAAUUCCUGAAAGCAUGCAGGGGUAAUCGUGGAUGGUACUUCUACGAUCAAAUAAUGAUAAAGUUGACUGGCAAUACCAAUAUUAAGGGCUGCCUGCGACUGUUACAACUGCUCACUGGAAAGAAAAAUCCACUUGACGCCUUUGAAGCGAUAAAACCGCUGACCGGCCAUGACGAUAUUGAAGGUGUCUGGGAGAUGUUGCAAAAAAUGUCCAGUCGAAAGAACAUGUCAGACGUGUUCGAUUGCUACGAACACGAAGCUGAGCAUAUGGAGGGAAUAACUGAUGCCACUGCUCUGGAUGGGGUGGAGAAUUACGUCAACAUGAUGACGGGAGGAGAGGGACCGGACGCUUUGCCUGGCUUCUUUCUCGCUAUGAAGACUGAUCUGGAUUGGGAUUCGUCAUACAACGUUCUAAUGGGCGCUAUGAGAUGCAACGAUAUGGGCGAGGCACCGGUCGAAUUAAAACAAUUAUUGAACGAAGAUGAAUUCUCCAAGUGUAUAUGGUUAUUAAAGGAGUUCACUGGACUUACGAAUUUCAGAUACGCUAUUGAACAGGUACUACAGGACACCGGGAGGUUCAGUUUGAAAGAAGUCGUGCAGCUUCUAUACAAAAUCACUGGAGAAAAUCGACUUGAUAAAAUUCUAGUUCUCGUACGACGCCUGUUUAAGGUUAAAAAUAUAACGGAGCUAUUCCAACGCAUCAACAACCUGACGAGGAAGCGGGAUCCUCUCCAAUUCCUCAUAAGCAUCAUGGACCUCACACAGCAGAAUACGAUCGAAGGCGCUUGCAAUGAGAUCAGGGGUCUCACUACAGGCAACACUGACGCCAUAGCGGUCCUAGAACGAAUACAGCGCGACUCUGGCCACGAAGAUGUCGUCGACUUUUUAAGGCAACUUAUGAUUAAAGUUACUGGAGCGAAGAAUUUGACACAAGGCUGGAAAGUCAUUAUAUCUGUGACGAAGGAAACCGAUAUCUUCAGGCUCAUCAGGCGGUUCAAGUUAUACACACACACGAACAUAAUAAUCGUUGUACUAACGAUUUUGCGUAUUACCAAUACAUCUACAUUGCCAGUUGCAAAUAUUAAAAUGAACAAGUUACUGGGCAUUGAAGGUUUCUUUGAAUGGUUCGAUGUUAUUCACAGAACUUCGAAUAUGGAUGUAAUUAAAUUCUUCGAUUUGUUCACUACAUUAAGUAAACGAUUGCUUUUGGACAACGCAAUAACGAAGUUAUUGGCUUUCACGAAAGAAACAAAUUUCAUUGACGCUCUUAAGGUCCUAACAAUAGCCACUGGACACAAAGAUUUAACAGGUCAAAUUAUAUACAUAAAAGACAACAAACCAGCACUUAAUACGACAACAACGACGACGACGACAACAACAACAACGGAAGCGCCGAAAACAGAGAUAUUAAGUGAAGCAACUAUUACCUCCGAAACAACAAAAACCGAAACGAAAAAUGGUGAAACUGUAACUAUUAUAACAACAACAAAAGAAAAUGCACCAAAAACUGUCAUAACUCAAGGUCCGCCGGGAUCCAAACCAGUGGGCAGUAAUCCCAAUAGACCAGAAAACAUCCCGCUAGAAUCCAAUACGGUGGUUACUAAUCCCAAUGGACCAGAAGGUACUCCGCAAGAAACCAACCCAGCGGGUGCCAAUCCCAAUGGACUUGACGUUACCCCACAAGAAUCCAAACCAGAGGGUACCAAUCCCAAUGCACCAGAAGAUACCUCGCCAGAAUCCAAACCAGAAGGUAAUAAUCCCAAUGGCCCAGAAGGUACUCCGCAAGAAACCAUCCCAGCGGGUGCCAAUCCCAAUGGACUUGACGUUACCCCACAAGACUCCAAAUCAGAGGGUACCCCGCAAGAAACCAGCCCAACGGGUACCAAUUCCAAUGAACCACAAGUGACCCCGCAAGAAUCCAAACCAAAGGGUAACAAUCCCAUAGGACCAGAAGUUACCCCGCAAGAAUCCAAACCAGAGGGUAACAAUCCCAAUGCACCAGAAGAUACCUCGCCAGAAUCCAAACCAGAGGGUACCGAUCCCAAUGCACCAGAAGUUACCCCGCAAGAAUUCAAACCAGAGGGUACCCCGCAAGAAACCAGCCCAACGGGUACCAAUUCCAAUGAACCAGAAGUUAGCCCGCAAGCGGCCAAACCAGAGGGUAACAAUCCCAAUGGACGAGAAGCUACCCCACUAGAAACCAACCAGGCGGGUACCAAUCCCAAUGGACCAGAAGAUACUACACAAGAGUCCAAACCCGAGGGUACCAAUCCCAAUGCACCAGAAGUUACCCCGCAAGAAUUCAAACCAGAGGGUACCCCGCAAGAAACCAGCCCAACGGGUACCAAUCCCAAUGCACCAGAAGAUACCUCGCCAGAAUCCAAACCAGAAGGUAAUAAUCCCAAUGGCCCAGAAGUUACUCCGCAAGAAUCCAAACCAGAGGGUACCAAUCCCAAUGCACCAGAAGUUACCCCGCAAGAAACCAGCCCGACGGGUACCAAUUCCAAUGAACCAGAAGUUAGCCCGCAACAGUCCAAACCAGAGGGUAACAAUCCCAAUGGACAAGAAGUGACCCCGCAAGAAACCAGCCCGACGGGUACCAAUUCCAAUGAACCAGAAGAUACCCCAGAAGAAUCCAAACCAGAGGGUACCAAUCCCAAUGCACCAAAAGUUAGCCCUCAAGAGGCCAAACCAGAGGGUAACAAUCUCAAUGGAGAAGAAGUGACCCCGCAAGAAUCCAAACCAAAGGGUAACAAUCUCAAUGCACCAGAAGUUACCCCGCAAGAAACCAGCCCGACGGGUACCAAUUCCAAUGAACCAGAAGUUAGCCCGCAAGCGACCAAACCAGAGGGUAACAAUCCCAAUGGACAAGUAGUGACCCCGCAAGAAUCCACACCAGUGGGUAACAAACCCAAUGCACCAGAAGAUACCCCGCAAGAAACCAGCCCGACAGGUACCAAUUCCAAUGAACCAGAAGAUACCCCAGAAGAAACCAAACCAGAGGGUACCAAUCCCAAUGCACCAGAAGUUAGCCCUCAAGAGGCCAAACCAGAGGGUAACAAUCUCAAUGGACAAGAAGUGACCCCGCAAGAGUCCAAACCCGAGGGUAUCAAUCCUAAUACACCAGAAGAUACCUCGCCAGAAUCCAAACCAGAGGGUACCAAUCCCAAUGGAGAAGAAGUGACCCCGCAAGAAUCCAAACCAAAGGGUAACAAUCCCAUUGGACCAGAAGAUACCCCGCAAGAGUCCAAACCCGAGGGUACCAAUCCGAAUGCACCAGAAGUUAGCCCGCAAGAAACCAAACCAGAGGGUAACAAUCCCAAUGCACCAGAAGAUACCUCGCCAGAAUCCAAACCAGAGGGUAACAAUCCCAAUGAACCAGAAGAUACCCCGCAAGAAUCCAAACCAGAGGGUACCAAUCCGAAUGCACCAGAAGUUAGCCCGCAAGAAACCAAACCAGAGGGUAACAAUCCCAAUGCACCAGAAGAUACCUCGCCAGAAUCCAAACCAGAGGGUAACAAUCCCAAUGGACAAGAAGUGACCCCGCAAGAAUCCACACCAGUGGGUAACAAACCCAAUGCACCAGAAGAUACCCCGCAAGAAUCCAAACCAGAGGGUACCAAUCCCAAUGCACCAAAAGUUAGCCCUCAAGAGGCCAAACCAGAGGGUAACAAUCUCAAUGGAGAAGAAGUGACCCCGCAAGAAUCAAAACCAAAGGGUAACAAUCCCAAUGCACCAGAAGUUACCCCGCAAGAAACCAGCCCGACGGGUACCAAUUCCAAUGAACCAGAAGUUAGCCCGCAAGCGGCCAAACCAGAGGGUAACAAUCCCAAUGGACAAGUAAUGACCCCGCAAGAACCCACACCAGUGGGUAACAAACCCAAUGGACAAGAAGUGACCCUGCAAGAAACCAGCCCGACGGGUACCAAUUCCAAUGAACCAGAAGUUAGCCCGCAAGAGGCCAAACCAGAGGGUAACAAUCCCAAUGGACAAGUAGUGACCCCGCAAGAAUCCACACCAGUGGGUAACAAACCCAAUGCACCAGAAGAUACCCCGCAAGAGUCCAAACCCGAGGGUACCAAUCCUAAUGCACCAGAAGAUACCUCGCCAGAAUCCAAACCAGAGGGUACCAAUCCCAAGGGACAAGUAGUGACUCCGCAAGAAUCCACACCAGAGGGUAACAAUACCGGUACAGACGGAAACAGGCCUGGUGGCAGCGAAGUGACUCCAAAUCCAUGUGCUGAUAUUAGUCCAGUCGAGAAACCAGCUUCUGGGUCUCAACCUACACCACCCGGACAAGACAUACAAAACAUAGAUAAUCUUCAAGCAUUACAAACAGUUGUCGAUCUACAGUUUGUAAUCCUGCCCCGAGGACCGAAAAACACGAAAAAUUGCUACUGCACUUGUGAAAGCCCGUCCGCGCCAAAAUUAAUUAAAAUGAAAGAUCUACCAUCCGGUAUCAAAUAAUACCGCGAUUGAAUUAAAUUAUGUAAAUGUUAGAAUUAUAUCUUUAGUGUGUUUUCUGUAAGAUACGAAUAUAAUGUACUCUAUGGUUCAAAGUUCAUAGAGUCAUAGUUGACAUGACAUGUCUACAUGCUAUCUUUUACAAGUGGCGCCAACACUAAUCUGUGUUGGCACUAUCUUUAUUUGCAAAAUUGCUUGGAAAAUACAUUAUGUUAUAAAUAACAAGUUUUAAAUGUCAGUUUUUAAAAUUAACCCCAAACAAUUUUUCUAAAAUGGCCAAACGCAACAAUGGAAUUAAUUUUGUACAUAACAUUGGCCUAAAUGUUUUACCGCUCACUCCUGGCAGA